AUGAACGUCCUCUCUCUCAACCACGAUGUUCUCUCUCACAUUCUGUCGUUCCUCGUUGCAAAGGAUGCCCUCAACCUUUCGGUUACCAGCAGGAAAAUCUACUCCAUAGCGAGACGGCAUGCGUUCUCCGCAGUUUCCCUAACGUCGCCUGCACAACUUGCCGAGUUCUGCGCUUACAUGCUUGCCGAUGUCGCCAAUCGCUUAUUUUGGUUGCGAGAUCUGGAGGUGUGUACAAGUGCAUUCGGAGUGACAUCGGGGGAAGAAUUAGAGGAGGAGGAAGGGCUUGUAUACCUGCAGGAUGCAGCUCUUCUCGCAGGCCUCUUUGCGCAAGCGACCAUGCUGAAGUGUCUCUCCGUAUCCUGCAUAGAAGUCCUAGUCAUGAGCGACAGUCGCAUCGUGGAAGCCCUUAUAGCUCUUCCUGGCCUGAACAAACUUCAGCUUUCUGGAACAGGGCCGUUCACCGGUCAGAUGUUGAACAAACUGCGGAGUCGACCGCGGAAGCUUCUCCUCUCAUUCAUGGAGCGUCCCAGUCAAUCCCCACUGUUUUUCGAACAUUUUGCGUCUUUGCAGAGCUUGCAUGUGCUAGACCUAUGGAACAUCAAGCUGGAUGAGUUUCCCCCGAGUCAGAACGGCGCGUUGCUGCAGUGCCCAACAGUCCAGCACCUUUCUAUCACAGCGUCCGUCGCACCCAUGUCCCUAUUCGUGCGUGCAUUCCCAAAUCUCCGGACACUCUUACUUUGGUGUGUCACCGCUGCCUCGCUAUCUCCAGUGACAGUGACUGAGGACGAAUGCUGGCAUCGCCUGAACCAUGUCGGCGGAUACACGAGGGACUUCACCUACUGGCGGGUGGCAUGUCCAGUCCGUUGGCUAGAGCUUGACGUCGCAAUUACUGAUGACACGCAAGUCGAACUUGUGAUCAGUGCCGUGCGCGACAUGACACCCAUCAUACUCUCCCUGAACAUCUAUCUGUAUACAGAGCUGUCUUUUUGGACAAGCUUGGCGGGGGCUGUUCCAAGAUUAAAAUACCUUGACCUUGUCGCUAUGAAUUGGUCAAUCAGCAGAUGUCAACGUUGGCUGGUGAGUCCCAUUUACUCUGUGCAGAAUGCAUGGCCAGUGCUGGGGACGACGAUAGGAUCAAGUCCCACCUACGUUGAGGACGUUGAAGUUGAUUUGCGUACGAGUUUACGUCAGCUUGCCAGCUCUGCACAGCGCACUCGGUGA